AAGUCCCACUUUUUCGCUUCACUUCAGUUCGUACUUUAAAAUUAGUUUGCGUUUCCACUGAUUUCAAUGUCGUCAGAUUGGUAGUUUGCUCUGUUCAAUUUUGCUUCAGCUGGAAUCCCAAGUACAUGUGCCGAUCUAGGUCGUCUUCAAUCCCCAUUUCCUGCUUCCAUCUCAGGUAGUCUUCGUCGCUGCACAUUCGCAGAUCUCUCUGGCCGCAAUCUCUCGAGGCAGAUCUCUCACGCCGCGAUCUCUCGCCUCGCGCCUCUCUCACUCUGAAUCUCACUGCAAACGGGUCCUUGUCGUCGCCGCUCUCUGGUGCUCGGCGCUCUCAUUCACUGUCAAAUUCGUUAUCAUCAUCGUCUUUGCAGACGGAGGCUAGACGCGAGGAUGGAGGUUUGGUUAUGGAUAAUUAUGUCAGGCUGGUCAUAGCUUUUGUUAAAAGAGUGGAAUUCUGUUAAGUGCCCCAGAUUCCUACAUGGAAGCAAGCAAAGAGGAGGCGCUUAAAGCAAUAGAGAUUGCUGAGAAGCGAUUUGCUCAGAGAGACUUUGCAGGUGCCAAAAAUUAUGCAUUAAAGGCAAAAACAAUAUGUCCUGAAUUGGAGGGGAUACCUCAAAUGGUGGCCACAUUUCAAGUUUAUGUAGCUUCUGAGGCAAAAUAUAAUGGCGAACUAGAUUAUUAUUCAAUUCUUGGAAUAAAACCUUCAGCAGAUAUAGAGACCGUUAAGAAACAGUACAGGAAGUUGGCUGUGUUGCUUCACCCGGAUAAGAACAAAUGUGUGGGAGCUGAUGGGGCCUUUAAGCUGGUAUCUGAAGCAUGGACUUGGCUAUCAGAUAGUGCCAUGCGAAGUUCCUAUGAUUUCAAGAGAAAUGCAAAAUUGGCUGCUGGAGUCAAUCAGGCAAAUUUGUCGUCAGUCCAUUCUGCAGGAGCUACAGGUUAUAACAAAUGUUUCAAUUUGUCAACUUCUCAUGGUGGGCUGGAUUCUUUCUGGACCAUCUGCACCUCGUGUAAAGUUCAGUAUGAGUAUUUGCGCAAGUAUGUGAAUAAGAGACUUUCAUGCAAGAACUGCCGGGGAACUUUUAUUGCUGUUGAAACUGGGGCAGCCCCAGCAAAUGGUUCUUUCCCUUAUACUCCUUGGUCAUAUGUGCCAGGCAAUGGGUAUGGAGGUCAUUCAUUUGAUAACGUCACAUAUGUGCCUACCAGUACUACCUAUUUCAAUGGUAAUGGGGUCACUGGAUAUCAUUCUCCACAUGGAUAUGAGUAUGUUUCAAAUUUCUCAUAUCAGUGGAGCUCUGCUGGACAUGUCAAUGGAAAUGGUUCAACUACCCUAUCUUCUGAUCCUGGUUGUAAGGCAAAUGGAAAUAGGAAGAGAGGAAGACCAAGAAUCAAACCAACUGUUGAUCAGAGGCAUCAAUUGGCAGAGACUGUGCCCAAUGUAAAUUCAGAUGUAUCAUUCUACUGUAAUGGACCUCAGGAAAUUCCUCCCGCUGGACCCGAGAAGAAAAGGAAAAUUGUUGUGGCAGCCAGUUUCCGCAAUGGCUGUGAACAAAAGGAAUUGAAAUAUGCUUCUGAAUCAAGAUUGGCUGAUGGAAAUGAAAGCGUUGUACAUGACCAGAAACUUUCCCGUGCAAGUGAAGUUCAAACAAAGCAGUGUUCCAUGGCACCAGCAUUUGAUGCAAGAAAAUUACUGAUUGAGAAGGCCAAGACAGAUAUUCGAAAGAAGCUGGAAGAGAUGAAAUUGGCAUCUGAAGCUGCUGCUGUUGGGGAGAAAGCAAAAUCUCAAGCAGAAGUUGGUCAAGUCAAUGGAGAGGAGUAUAGAAGAGCAGGUCUAAGUGUUUCUGACCAUCAAUUAGAGAAUAGUAAGACUGCUUCUGUCACAAUAACUGUCCCUGAUUCUGACUUUCAUGACUUUGAUAAAGAUAGGUCAGAGCAGUGCUUCAAGCCAAAGCAAAUAUGGGCUUUAUAUGACGAGGAAGAUGGCAUGCCUCGUUUAUAUUGUCUAAUCCGUGAGGUCAUCUCUGUCAAUCCAUUCAAGAUUCUUAUUAGUUAUUUGAACUCAAAAACUGAUAGUGAGUUUGGCCCAGUAAACUGGAUAGAUUCUGGCUUUACCAAAUCUUGUGGAAAUUUCAGGGCAUACAAUUCUGAUGUUGUUGACCAGGUAAAUAUUUUCUCUCAUGUUCUGACACGGGAGAAGGCUGGUCGAGGUGGUUGUAUUCGCAUAUAUCCCAGAAGUGGAGAUAUUUGGGCUGUUUAUCAAAAUUGGUCUCCAGACUGGAACAGAUUGACUCCAGAUGAAGUGAGGCAUCAGUAUGAAAUGGUUGAGGUUCUUGAUGAUUACUCUGAACAGCUUGGUGUCUGUGUUAGUCCCCUCAUAAAGCUUGCUGGAUUUAAAACAGUAUAUCAAACGAAUACAGACAAAAAAGCUGUUAGAUGGAUACCAAGAAGAGAAAUGUUACGCUUUUCACACCAGGUGCCAUCUUGGUUGCUAAAGGGAGAGAUGAGCAAUUUGCCAGGAAGGUUUUGGGACCUUGAUCCAGCAGCAACUCCUGAUGAACUUCUUCAUGCUGCUACAAUCAUGAAUGCUUCAUAGUCAAUAAUGAAAUACUUAUUUGAUUUCUGAUUAAGCAUUCUUCGACACUAUUCUAGAUUUAACUGUACACCAUGUCACGCUUGGCUAGAGACCAUUGGACAUUAACCACUGAUGUCUUUAAUUAGGGGGUGAAAUUUUACUUUUUAAUGUGCAUAGGUUCCCAAAUCUAGGAUUUCUUGUUCACUAAGGUUUGUUUCUUUCCCCCCAUAGGAGCCAUGUAACUCUUGUAAGAAUUCAGGACAGAUUGGAUCUGCCUGCCAGUAACUGUAGUUCUUCUCUAGCCAGGAUUUACUGGCAAAGAAAUGAAAGGCUUUAAGCCUUGCUGAAA